AUGACGCGUCGGCUUCGUCGUGGUGACGGCGCUGCCGUGUUUGCUCUGCUAUGGGCUGCUUCGUGUGUGCUCCUCGUAAUUAUGCGCUUCUCAUCGCACAAUUCUGCAGUCUCCAAGCUUUCGGACGUCCCCAAGUCGCGAGUAUUUGACGAUAGAAAUUUCAUUUCUAAUACGAAUCUUAGCACCCACGCGACGCUGUCGCUGGUCGAGUCAUUGCCUGUGGGGGAUUUUGAAUUAUCUUCCAGUGUCCUACAGACAUUUGAGGUCCUUAUACGCCAUGUAGAGACAGUGACGACGUCGAUUGACCUUAGUGCAAUGUACUGGAAUUUAUUAGGAGAAGAAGACCGAAGAAUUUAUUCCGAGUUAGAAAUGUCUAAAUUUGGAGCUCGUCGAGGUAGAAAUUUACUAUUUGCGUUACGAGACGCAGCGCAACGAGGGGUCAAAAUUCGAAUUUUGACCACAUCAGGGCUAGGGGGAAUCGAAACGACGUCAUUACCGCAUGAAGUACAAAUGUUGAAGGAUAUCGCCCCUCAAAAUGUUUACGUGCGAUGCUGGAAUGGUCCUGAUUGGUAUAAAAGUGGUAUUUUACAUCACAAAUUCUGGAUUUUUGAUACACAACAUGUGUAUAUUGGUAGUGCCAAUAUGGAUUGGAAAUCAUUGGCUCAAGUGAUGGAAAUGGGCGUGAUGAUGGAAAAUUUAGCACCAAAGUCAAUGGUCAUUCAAGAUAUUCAACGAUUGUUUGAAACUUGGUGGAUAUUUGCAUCAUCCGAGUUGCUGCCUCCCAAGACGGCCACGUACUUUUCGGAAAAGUUUCAACAUGAACUGCAAGUGCCUGCGUGGUCGCUGUAUUUACCAGAAGAGAAGAGAAGGGAGGAUCCAUUUGUAAAAGCUGGUUUAUUAGCGAUGGGAAACAUUUCACAUCAAUUACAAACGUCAUUUCGUACUGAGAAAAACAUGUUGACUCAUUCACAGAUGUUUGUCUCGGCGGCUCCGUUGGAAGCAACGGCUGCUCAUUCGCGAACUUUUGACGAAGAUGCACUAGUGUACACGAUUCGGUCGGCGAAAUCGUUUGUUAGUCUCAGUGUCAUGGACUUUGCGCCGUUCUCAAUGUAUACGCCAGGACCUUUGUACUGGCCAGCUCUCACUGAUGCGCUACUUGCAGGGAUCUACAGCAAACCUGAACUACAAGUGCGACUGCUGAUCAGCCAGUGGCAGCAUACCAGCCCUCAAUUGCUGGAAGCUCUUGCCACGUUGCAGAAGCAGGCAAAGUUGUGUCACCAUAUGCACGCUCAAUGCUCUGGAAGACUUGAGAUUAAGAUUUUUCGUGUACCCGGGUGGCAAAACACGACAUCUAGUGCCGACAAAAAAGCCUCGUGGCCUUCGUACACUCGCGUGAACCAUGCCAAGUACAUUGUCACGGACACGCGUGCGAAUAUAGGCACGAGUAACAUGGAAUGGGGGUACUUCUACACCACAGCAGGAGCCAGCAUCAACACAAACCACGAGCCGACACGAAAAGCACUCGAAAACGUGUUUGAGAGAAAUUGGAACUCGAGCUAUGCUCAACCUUUGGACGAUGUUUUGGUUGAGCUUUGA